AUACGACACGACCUCUGAAAAAGAAUAGAAAUUUAAUCAUUAUUAAAAAAAAAUCAACUAACCCUGGCUUGAUAGAAAAAAAUACGAAUUAAUUUAUUAAAAAGUACUAUAUUUUGAAUUUGGAACAAAAUGCUGGCAAGGAGAUCUAUUCUGUUAUUUUUGUUAUAUUCUGUGAUUGUUUGUGAAGCUGUCAGCGAAAACGAUGUCGAGCCAAGGGGAAAGAAGAAAAAAAUUGCAUUGUUUGUUUUUAUCGCGGACCUGGUGCUCAAAAAAUUCUUCGUUCUCAAGCUGGUGUACGCUUUUAUCUUCUGGCUGGUGAUCCACAAGGCUGGCUACUUCCUAACCUGGUUUAUCAGUUAUCUGAAGGAGCAGAGUCAUCACCAUCAUCACCCACACCAUGAGUACGGGCCGCAUUAUGAUCAUAGCUACGGCCCGUAUAGGCGAGAGAGUCAUGGGAUUAGAAGCUAAAAGGGUUAUUUGAUUAGAAUACUUUUAGAAUUAAGCAAAUGGGAUUUUAAUUGCGUUUUUUAACAGUGUAGUGUAUAGAAAAAAAACGAUCAUGAAGCGGGAUUCGAAGCAGCGUCUUUCGCCGUACCCUUUUCUUUUUUUAAGUGGGGAAAUCUUGCAUAGAUAGCCAUGGUCUCCAGGGAAGGGGCCGUGGGUUAUGUCGGAUUCCUACCGACCAAAACCCCACUGUGUUCCGUCAAGCCGCAUCAACGACAGGGCCACGGGUAUAGGUAGAAUUCGUCCGUGACCAGGCAACGCCUGACCUCUCGGUCAAUCGUGAUCCUACCUCACUAAUCAAAUUUCUCGCAGUGUUUCUGUUUUAUGCUUUUUUAUGUGCUUAAAAGGCAACUAUUUUUUAUUCUUAAAAAAAAAAUAAAAAUUAAAAAAGCAUUUUAAUGCUAUAAAACUUAAAAUUAAAUACUUAUCUACUGUUUUCAUAAAUGCGGAAUUCGAAAUUGUGAUUUUUGUACCACCAUUGUACUACGCGUUUUAUCUUUUCUUGACUUAAAAAAAUACCCGUUUAUAUAAUACUGAAAUAAUGUAAAUAUAAAAACAAAUGGAAAGGAAGUUAUUCGAAACUUUUUGUAGGGUAGUUUGCUGAAGUUGUUUUUAAAGUAGUA